CCGAGUCAUUCCACGGACGGCGAUCGGCGAGAGAGGAGGCUGCUGCUGCACACCGCUCCGGCGAUUUUAUUUAUUUAUAUUUAUUUAUUUUUUUAUUUAUAUCAGUAUUCCGAAUUGUGAAAUCAAAGUGACUCUAGAAUUAAGUGAUCAGUGCUGUGUAAAUCUUAAAUCAAUAAAGUGAAGAUUGGUGAAAGUUCAAAUGCAGUGUAUUAGUUAACAAUCUCCUUUUACAGCUGACGCCGUCCUGUUUUGUCUCCUUGUCUCGGGUCCGGUCUGGCGAUGGGGCCUCCUUCCCUUACACGCGACUUUGCUCUGCACGACACACGGGCCGUCUCGAUACACAGAGGAAUCUGGCUGGCUUCUCAGUGCAAUCCUCCCUUAACCCAUUUCGUUCCUUUUUUAUCUCCUUAUUUAUAUCCGUACUGUUGAUUUUAUCAUGUGAAGGUGACGUAUAUGGAAUUUAUGUGUAACUUUUUUUUUUUUUUACUGCAUUUGUUUGCUGGGAAAGGGUUACCGUGUGAACACUCUGUUACAGCCAUCCUGAAGCGGUGCAAUUCGCUGGAAGGUUGAGUCCCCCGACCCGGCCCCGCCCCAGGUCUACCCCCCAGGUCUACUCCCCUCGGUUUUCUCCUCCCGCGAGACGGUGGUACUCUGGUAUCGACUUACCUUAUGUAGAAUCUGUGUAUUAAUCUUGCGAAGUAGGGUUUGCGUUCGGUUACAACCAGUGGUCACGUGAUGGAGUAGUGAGCUCAGGCCAUAUUCACGUAACUUUGGAUAGUUAAUACAAGUGUAAGCUUUUCUUGUGUUGGUUCAUUUGUUCAAGUGAUCAUCUUUAAAUGUAAAAGAAUUAGGGAUUCACUCAUUUCAGUCAUCAUGCAAAGUUAUCCAUUCCAUUUGUAGCUCCUCCAUUGUUCCUGAUUUCUCCCAACCACGGCACCCUUCUUACACUUUCUCUCAUCCCAUGGGCUGUGUCCAUCCCGAGGAUUGGUGUGGUGGUGACCCGGUGGCGUCCAGCGAUGUCUGCUGGGGCGAGGUAUGACCCAGGUGUGACACUAGUAACUGACAAAUCUCUUUCAUCCCAUGUGUAAGUCUCUUGCUAGAAUAUCACUUCUUUGACUUGCUAGAGAUCUUAUUUGUUUUACUGUUUUGCAUUUAUCUUUUCAUGAUGCAGUUGUUGAAUUGUUCACGGUUUAGUAGCUAAAGUCAGUGACCAAGUAGUUUAGGUUAGGGCAAACAAUAACAGUACUUUCAGUCCGGCUUCCUAAUUUGACCUGUUCCUGGCGACGGUUGUUUCCUGUCGCUGUUACCGAAUUCGCGGAGGUGACCACAACAGGUUGAGGUGAGCCCGUGUCGACUCCAUGCUAUGUAGUUGCACAAGACUCAUUAGGUAACAAUUUGACUUUAGACAAGACUUUUGAAAGACUUGCAUUAAUUUCAAUGGUAAAUUGUCUAAAAGUGGAUUUCUUGCAAUUUUAUUUAGAGUAUGGGAUAUACAACUAUUAGAUCAUGUGUUCAACCUAUGUGGUUAACCAUCUUUUAACCUUGUUUUAGUGUGAAAGAGAGGAGGAUUGCACUAUCGUCAGCCUCAUAAGUAACAUUUACAUUGUGGCUAUGCCACAUCAACAUGUCGUGCUUGGGUGGGGAAUACAGUCAUUUCAGAUUGUGCAGCUGCACAUCGAUAUCUGCGCAGCAGAAAGGCAAAGUUGAUAAAGAAAGAUCCGAUGAACAGCAACCAGUGGCAGGCAUGGGGUCCUCCGCUGAUCGAUCAGAAGUAACAUGAGUGGACACCCGGCAAAAUACCACACUAAGCAGUAUACACAAGGUCAAUACGAGAAAGGCUGCAGGCAUGGGGUCCUGCAGUCACCAGCCCAAGAAUUUUGGUAGCUGAAGGCAUAGGGCUAUGCUACCUCCAACCCAACGAAAGAAACACAGGUAUUUUGUAUGGUGGGCAUACUAAGAAAAAUCUAUAAACAAGCAUAUGAAGUACCAUACUACCGAGACUUGAUUAUGUAAACAUUAAACGAAAAUUCUUUUAUGGAAAUGUAAAAGCAACAAUUGGCAAUUUUAUUUCUUUAUUAAAAUACCAAGGUUCAUAAACAAUUAGGUAAAGGAUUAAUUAUGAAAUUGGUACAAUUUUACGCAUGUUUGGGAAAGGGGGGGAACAAGUGUGCAAGUAUAUUUCAGUUUGAAGCUGAUGCUGUCCAGAAAGGAAAGAAUGCAGAUUGUGAGCAGCAUCUGUGUGAAACGCCAAAUUGUGGUUUGUUCUUUAAAUGUUACUAGGAAACUUUGAUUCAGUGGUCCCAUUUGGUUUGUCAUAUGUGUUAUAGUAAGUGGGGACUAGAAUCUUGGGAAUAGUGGGAAGAAAUAAUUUUAUCUAGCAGGUGACUGGAUGAAUGACGACAUACAAAAUUUGGGUGUGUUGGCUGAGGUCUUCAGCAGUACUGCAGCGUUUGGGAAUGGGUACAUCGUAAGCCGGUAUUAUCUGGAUUCAGGUAACAAAUUUGUAAAAGUCAGUUUUGCAUUUUUGUGAUUCUAGUAAGUGUUGAAGCUUGGCUAAACCUUAAAUUCCUCCUAGUUGUCUUUCUUGUACAAAUUUUAUUUCAAUGUUUAAAAGUCAUAAAAGAUAUAAGGCUAUGUAUGUGGUGAAAAAGAUAACCUUAACAACGUGGGGCAUAGUGGAGGGAAAGUUUACUGCAGACAUGAAGUCCUGGAGAUGGAUUCGGCUCCACUCCCACAUCUGAGUGCCCCAUCCCCCACUUCCUCCCAAUUGUCAUCAAGAAUGCGAGGAAUAUUUGCAGCAUGGCAGAUAUGGCCUGAUGGAUCACAAGGUUCUUGAGGUUGAACAAGGUAACACCGCAUAUCUUGAUUUCCUAGAUUGUUAUAUAAAGGAACUUUCUUUUAAACACAAAAACAUUUGUAUGACAUGGAUAUCUGAGAUUGUUGUCGGAGAGAUUUUCUUUCUUUUCUAUAGACCUCUGUAAAGGGUUGUUAUUUUUCCAAAGGAACCAGAUCUUCCAGUUCUUGCUCGUAGAUGAAAUAUUUGUUUAAACGUGUUUGUACUAUAGAACUUCAUGGAAAAUGUGCAAGAUAAACUUGAGUGGUCAGUCUUCAGAAGCAAUAUAUUUCUGUGCAAAUCCUUCACUGCUAAUGUAACUUUAAUUCAUCAGAUGCUGUACCUUUUGCAUGCAUUUAUGAAUGUGUUGGUUACCAGAGGCAAUAAAAGUCCUUUUAAUUCUCAUUCAUUAAGAAUGUUGUAUCCAGUUGGAAUUAAUUGCUACCAUCGGUAAAGGUUUGGAUAGGAGCUAGGCUUUGGGCGUUUAAGAAUCUCUGCAGAUGCAGCAGGAUGCAGGGGAACUUGCACCGAGUUGAAAGGCAUACCAGUUGUCGAUGGGCAUUCCUGGAAGAGGUUCAGAGGAGAAAGUUCAGUAUCGGGGCUCGUCUGAUAUGGGUCACAAGCAGUUUUGUUCCUACAAUGGUCAACUUUACCAUUCAACAAAGAAGAGGACAGACAAACAUAGGUAACAUUGUAAGUAUCUAAGUGUCAAUAGACAGCAGUACUAAGAGAAUCUGCUAUUAGCUGCUAGGCCCAUCAUUGGAGCAGAUGAAAAUAUUUCUGGUUUAAAUAGCAAGUUGAGUGAACUUUUUUGUAGGAUGAAAUAAGAAAUUGAGAGCUAGAGGUUAGUUUCUGGAGACAUAGGUACAUUAUUUGAGUACAGGCAAAAGCAAAAGUUCCAAUCCUUAUACUAAUUAGUGUAGAUGUCUGGCACAAUCCAAGGGGUUUUAGAUUUAUUCUUGUACCACAAGUUACAUGAAGCCCAAGGUUAAUAAGAAAUCCUAUUCUUGCCAGUUGAGUUACUCUCAUCUGAUUUCUUAUUACUUGGAGAGUGGAGUCCUCUGAAAGCAGAAGAGAGGUCUAGUUAAGCUGUUCUCAGCUACUCCUUCUAGCAAAUGGAGAAUGACAGGCAAACUCCAGUAGGUCAAAUGUUUGAAGUAGAUACUAUUCAUUUUUAAGUAUCAACUAAUUGUAAGUUUGUGAAUCACUAAGGUCCAUAAGAACAUAAUUUGUUAGUUGAGAUCUUGGUAUUGAACUGCGUUCUUGCGGAGAUUCUGUCAACAUGUUCUUAUUCCUUAGGCAUGCAGAAUAGGAUGUCAAUUAUUAUAAUUUGAGGCUUAUAUCUGACAUCAGAUGUGUAUUUAUAGAACAUCUGCCAUGUAUAGGUUGUCUUAUUACAGAAAAAAAUAAUCCGCUAAAAAUAGACAGAAAGGUUUAGAAAUUAUAGGGAUACAGUUUAAUAGUGAAAUAGGCUGGGGUAAACUCAAGCAGUGGUUUCAUGGCUGUCUCUAUAGGCCCUUGAUAUUUCAGUCAUGGUAUUAAAAAUAAUGGUGGUGGUGUCUAGUUGUGCAUAGCUUCAAAUAUCCAUCCUUAACUUAUUGACUGAGAUAUUUGCUGUUUUAACAUGAUGUAAAUAUGUGGGAGGGAGGGAGUUCAUUUCUUUAGUAUAUGCACAGAAUUUAAGCCCAAGUUUGAAGGUGGCCUUAGUCUCCGGAUUAGCUACAAAGUUGCAGACAUCGUAUAUCUUCCAAGCAACAUUUCAGGUAUAUGCUAAUAUUAGAAAUUAAUGUGCAGAUUUUGCUUAUUUGCCCGUAGUUUAAUACAUUAGCUGAAAAUUUAGUUGCAAUUGGGGGGGGGAGGGCGAAUUGACAUGUUUCUUCUAGUGUAUAUGCAGAGGGAUGGCCCAGCCUGUGACAUCCUGUAACUGAAGAAAGCCUACGCUUCUGCCUGUGAAGAAUUAAAGAAGGCCUCGAUUCCUUUGCUUCUGUUCCUUAUAUGGCAGGAGGUUUGAGCACAAAAGGAUUAUAAAAAAUGUGAUGUCAGUCAUGAAUAUUUAUUCAUUCUUACCUUUGUCAUUUGUGAUUGAUUUAGUACACAAUCUGUAGUGAGAGCCUGCAUUCUGUAUGUUAUGAAUACUAGCUUCUGUUUCAAACUACUUUUGAUAAGAGACCUUAUGAAACUGGUCAUUUGCAUUGUAAAGACGGUAUGUUUUUGUGUGGAGAGCAUGGGAUUUUCUUCAGUAGGACAGUUGGGUUUUGUGGAGACGAGUAACCUGGUGAUUGCUGCCCAAGUGAAUGUUCUGUGUUCCUGAUUCCGGGCUGACGCUAUUGCUGUGUCCCACUUUGCUUGCAUCUUGCUUGAUUACAGGUAAUGUUAUUUACCAUGUGCUUAUAUCAACCUGUUAUAUAAUAAGUAAGAAUUUGGUUCGUCAUUCAUAUACGAAAUGAGAAUUUGGUUCGUCAUUAAUGCAGCGAGCAUAAUGCCCUCUGGUAUAGACAUUAAAAUAUGGAAGGGUUCAAAAUGGGGGGGGGGGGGGGGAAGCAUUUACUGCUGUAGCAUUCACAGAACUCUGAGGGAACAUCUCCUUUCCUGUUUAUGAAGACCCGAUUCUACAUCUUCAAAAUUUCUUCAAAAUCAUUGACAUCUUGUUACUGCAGAAAAGGUAUUUUAUAUAAAUGUUGAAAACCUGUCACUUCUUUGAGAGACCUAAUGUGAAAGAAAUAUUGUAGGCUAAUUGUAGUCCUAAAUGUAGUUUUACCCUUAAAAUGUUUGGGAAAGGGAAAAGGGAAGAGGUCUCUUUUAGUAGGCUGCUGGAGGCGUCCUCUGCUUUGUGAUAGUGGAUCAGCAGUUGGCAUGUGGUUAGACCGAGCAGCUUACUGAAACUACCGCCAAGAGAAACUGAACUCCAACAUUGCAACCAUCAACAACCAUCAGCUCCAAUUUUUGAGAGAGGAAGGUAACUGCAGUUGAUGGUUCUGCAUUUCAUUUUACAAGUGAAAUCAUUCAAAUUGCUAGAUUUUAAUCUAGUCUUGUUUGAAAUCAGUGGUAAUAAGACAAAAGAUAGGGUUAUCAAGAAAAUGGAGGGGAGGGGGGGGUAGGGACAUUCAUUAUUUUUUAUUUACACAGAAGUGUGUCCUGUAAGGAUUGCAGGUCUAAUACUUCAGGGUGAUGGAAAUGCUUCUGCUAAUGCUUCAGUAAGAUCUAAGAUCUAAGGUCUAUGUAUUUUGCUGUAUUUGAUAAGAUUAUAUUAAUUUGAAUUGAUAGAUUUGAUACCAGAUAGAAUUUGAAAUCAAGUCAAAGCAUUAAAACCUAGAUUUUACAUCAGAUAUUAGAUUUUAUUAGUUUAUGGGGUAAUCUGAUCAUACAGUUGGGUUGGGGAAAAGUUUACUUAUUUGUAGGUAAGGAGCAGCACAGAGGAAGCCUAUCCUUGCACUUUCCAUCACACAAUUAGUUGGAUCACCUAAAGAGCCCAAUGGGUCGUCUCCCAUUUAAAUCUCCAUGGAUACACCAGUAAAGGUAUUGUCUGUCACUGACCAAGCAAAUUCUGCAUGCUCUGUUUUUAAAACCUGGAAGUGUUGAAAUACUCAAAGAUGGAGGGGGGAGGGGGGGGAUACUUAUCAUUUUGCAUCUUAACAGUUCAGAGGUUGGAGUGACAUCACCAUGGACUGCCUACGGUUCUACUAGGGAUACUGCUCCAUUUUGUUGGUAAAUGAAUGUACAAUUGCCUACUCUACAUGAACUACUAUCACCACCAAUGGCUAAUUUGUCUAUAAAUAAAUCCUGAAUUUAGCAUUUAAAGUAGUCAAGAAGAUGGGGCUAGGGGGGGGUGGAGAUGACUGAUCUCAGUUUCAGAUAGUGGAGGGAGAGAUGGGUGUCCAUGAGAAGGUAUCAUGACUGAACUGAGCUGAUGAAGUGGAGCAGUCAUGAGCUUGUUAACAUUUUGGCAAUCUUACUCAAGAUCUGCUUCAAAUUGAGCACCAAACAACUUAUUGGAAGUGCACAUUCCCUUCAAGAUGCUUCAAUUUUUCUUGAUUCAAUAAAAAAAAAAACAUGUACAUUUUUUUUCUGCAUAGCUGUUAUAUAGUUCAUGUUUCAUAGGUUAUUAUGAACUUGUUCAUUGUGGCUAUAAAUUGAAUUAUAUUAUUUGUGAUUCUGAAAUUAUCAUAAUGUAUUGUGAAAUAUAUGUCCGUGUAAACAUGGAGGAAAGUAUCUUCAGUAUUUUUGUGGCUCAGGCUUUAAACGUGUGCCACAUAAAUGCAAAGAUGGACACUCUGUUGUAAUUCCAUGAGUUACAAGAAGAGUGGGAAAGUGGGUGGGAUUUUUCCUCCAUGUAAAAAUUGUUGUUAGACUUGGAGGCAUGGAUACAACUACUAUUUGUUGAUUUCUUCUGGCUCGGUAAUUUUGGAUGUAGUGAGUGAUAUGGAUAUAUAUGUUAUGUAUUGUGAUAAACUGAAGACAAAGUUCAUCACAUGCUGCAUGCAACGGGAACUUCAGUUGAAGAUUUGUUAUGGAAAACUAUGAAGGAACCAUCUGAAGAAAUAGGUUACUGAGCCUUGUGUAACGGGAAUAUAUCAAACACAUGAUUCUAAUUUGGGAUUUCGCAUAGUAUUGAGGCUCGUGAGAAAUACAAUAUAUGCCGAGAAGUAGUAACAUGCGCAGGGUAUUCUGGGAGGCUGUUCAUCAGGUAGCAUUGAAACUGUAUGUGGUUGAGGCUUCAGCGCAGCGAUGGUUUGCGUCUGUGACCAUUGUUCUGUGGUGAGGGUUCAGCGCGGCAGAGACUGCGCCGUGGUCGAGGGUUCAGCGCGGCAGAGACUGCGCCGUGGUCGAGGGUUCAGCGCGGCAGAGACUGCGCCGUGGUCGAGGGUUCAGCGCGGCAGAGACUGCGCCGUGGUCGAGGGUUCAGCGCGGCAGAGGCUGCGGCGUGAACGAGAGUUCACCGUGGUAGAGGCUACACUUUCAGGAGGUUUCAGCGCGGCUGAGGUUGCGCCGUGAACGAGGUUUCAGCGCGGCAGAGGUUGCGCCUUGGACGAGGUUUCAGCGCGGCAGAGGUUGCGCCGUGGACGAGGUUUCAGCGCGGCAGAGGUUGCGCCGUGGACGAGGUUUCAGCGCGGCAGAGGUUGCGCCGUGGACGAGGUUUCAGCGCGGCAGAGGUUGCGCCGUGGACGAGGUUACAGCGCGGCAUAUCCUGUGCCGUGGACGAGGUUUCAGCGCGGCAUAUCCUGUGCCGUGGACGAGGGUUCAGCGCGGCAGAGGCUGUGCCGUGGACGAGGGUUCAGCGCGGCAGAUGCUGUGCCUUGGACGAGGGUUCAGCGCGGCAGAUGCUGUGCCUUGGACGAGGGUUCAGCGCGGCAGAUGCUGUGCCUUGGACGAGGGUCCAGCGCGGCAGAUGCUGUGCCUUGGACGAGGGUUCAGCGCGGCAGAUGCUGUGCCUUGGACGAGGGUUCAGCGCGGCAGAGGCUGCGCCUUGGACGAGGGUUCAGCGCGGCAUAGGCUGCGCCUUGGACGAAGGUUCAGCGCGGCAGAUGCUGCGCCUUGGACGAGGGUUCAGCGCGACAGAGGCUGCGCCUUGGACGAGGGUUCAGCGCGGCAGAUGCUGCGCCUUGGACGAGGGUUCAGCGCGGCAGAGGCUGCGCCUUGGACGAGGGUUCAGCGCGGCAGAGGCUGCGCCUUGGACGAGGGUUCAGCGCGGACAGAGGCUGCGCCUUGGACGAGGGUUCAGCGCGGCAGAGGCUGCGCCUUGGACGAGGUUUCAGCGCGGCAGAGGCUGCGCCUUGGACGAGGUUUCAGCGCGGCAGAGGCUGCGCCUUGGACGAGGGUUCAGCGCGGCAGAUGCUGCGCCUUGGACGAGGGCUCAGCGCGGCAGAUGCUGCGCCUUGGACGAGGGUUCAGCGCGGCAGAUGCUGCGCCUUGGACGAGGGUUCAGCGCGACAGAUGCUGCGCCUUGGACGAGGGUUCAGCGCGGCAGAGGCUGCGCCUUGGACGAGGGUUCAGCGCGGCAGAGGCUGCGCCUUGGACGAGGGUUCAGCGCGGCAGAGGCUGUGCCUUGGACGAGGGUUCAGCGCGGCAGAGGCUGCGCCUUGGACGAGGGUUCAGCGCGACAGAGGCUGCGCCUUGGACGAGGGUUCAGCGCGGCAGAGGCUGCGCCUUGGACGAGGGUUCAGCGCGGCAGAGGCUGCGCCUUGGACGAGGGUUCAGCGCGGCAGAUGCUGUGCCUUGGACGAGGGUUCAGCGCGGCAGAUGCUGUGCCUUGGACGAGGGUUCAGCGCGGCAGAUGCUGUGCCUUAGACGAGGGUUCAGCGCGGCAGAUGCUGUGCCUUGGACGAGGGUUCAGCGCGGCAGAUGCUGUGCCUUGGACGAGGGUUCAGCGCGGCAGAUGCUGUGCCUUAGACGAGGGUUCAGCGCAGCCUCUGGUGUACCUUGCAGGAGGCUUCAAUGCGGGAGAAGCUGCGCCGUGAUCGACAAUAUUUUACGCAAAGUCAAAGGCAUUGAUGCAGCUCGCAACCUUAGAGGCAAUAAUAACAGACGUAGCACAGGUGUCUCCGCACAAAGAACAUAUCGAGGGUUAUUGGUGAAGUAUAGUGUAUUUUAUUAUCUGCAAAUAAUGCUCCUAUAAUUUUUCGAGCAGUAUCUGGUAUGUGUGAUUAUACAUUUUACUGCUUUAGUUAUUUAGCCAUUUGAUUUUCUCUUGCGUUGUAGAUUAUCAGACUUAAAAUCUUUCGGAGAUAUUCUAGUUGGCCUGUUGUCAAACAGGUUGAUGCCGGAUAAUUCCUGAGAGCGAGGUUUUUACAAGUAACGGACCCAAAGGCAAGGCCGCUGCUGGAAGGUGGGGUCUUGAGGGCCAGGUCGCUCAGCUAGGUGGUGGUCGCUCAUCCAGAUGGAACGGUCCCAAGGGCGAGGCCGCU